GAGGCAAUGAACGCUAUUCAUCGGAGUGACGCAGGGGGACUCAAUGCUGGACAGGCUAUGGCGUGUACGACUGUGAUCUGGAAGUUGGCGGAUUGGCUAAGCGAUCAGGAAGACCUGAAAUUCGUCGAGGCCAGCGCUAGAUGGUUCUCGCUAGCAGCCCAUUCAGCACUUUCCAAGAUGACUGCAUCCGAGGUCGAGAAAUGCAAGAGGCGAGCGGCUUUGGGAUACAUCAAGGCAGCAAAAUUCGAUGAGGCGGAGGAUAUCCUCGAAACGUGCGACAUGAAGAGUGCGGAAACGAGAUACCUGCAAUUCCUUAUCGCGUUGCGUCAAGAGCGGCUUCCCCAGGCUUGUGAUGCCUUACGCGCUAUGGGUGCAUGUGAGGAUCUGGAUGGAACUCACCUGCUGAUGACAGUACAAGCCGCCAACGAAGCCUCAAAAGUUACGGUAGUGGCGAGAGCGUUGGCAACCUUGUUGGAGACCCUCGAGAGGACGGGAAUGCGGGAAAAGGGAGUAGAAGAGCUGACACUAGUCCGUUGUUUGAUCAAGAUGUCUCUCAAUCAGUUGAAGGAGGAAGUCGUCGGGUUCGCCGAAGAGAUCCGUGCAAGAGACGAACUUGCCACGAAAUAUAAGGAAAUUGCCUGGCUAUACAAGACCGCAUACAACACAUCUUUCGAGGCGGUAAAAGUAUGGGAAGACAAGUUGAUGGAAUGUUACAAAUCGAUUCCCAUGCAAGAGCUGGAUCCCAAAUUUCAGUUGCAGCUAGCAACCGUACGCUACUUUGGCCUUUGCGUCACGGUAUUCGCAAGCAGAGAGAUCGUCAAUGCUGAAGAAAAGAAUGCCAUUCUCCAACGGGCCAAGUCUCGCAUCCCAGAAUGCUUGGCUAUCUUGGAAACUGUUCAGCCGACUCAGGACCUAGACCAGAAACUUUGCGUAAAUAUGGUAUCCACCCUACACAUCUUUUCAUGCGAGAUCAUGGUCGAACUGGAAGAUUGGGAAGCGAUCAGCAUGAUGGCCAAGAAAAUGCAACCUGGCGCGCUAUCAAUGGAAACGCUACAAGGCAUGGCAUCACUGAUUCUGACCGUCAAGACGCCAUUGGAAGUGGCGGAUAAGGUGACACGAGAGAUCCUCAGGGUCGUUCUCUCUCCGACCUAUGGGGAUAAUAUGGCGCAGCAGAGCAGAUGGAUGCGCGCUACCGUAGAUAUGCUCCUUCAUCGGGGGCGGACGUCGGAUUAUGAUGAUGCUCUUGACUAUGUUCAGCAAGCCAAGGGAUGUAUGGAACGUGGAGGCAAGACGUAUCCGAGCGAAGAAGUGGAUUGGUUGUGGCGGACGUGUUACAACCUGAGCUUAGAUCUCGCGGACUUUGGGGAUAAGGCAAGAUGCCAGAAAUGGAUGGAGAUUGCAUUGGCUUUGUGCACACACGCCGUGAACGGAGAGUCAACCAAGGCGGAGGAAGCUCUAUUGGCGGAAGAACAUCCAUCUAUCGGCAGGAAGGGAACACAGCAACGAAGUAAGGCCGUCGAGACCGAUAUCUAUGUCAAAGGAGCUUGUAAUUUGUGGGCUAUAUCAUACUUGAUGCAGAAUUAA